AUGCCCGAACAUCUUUCGUGGUGUGUGGACAUGCUUUCGCGAGCUUCCCCGCAAGCUGUUAUCAAGAGGCGCAGCCGCUGGCUGCGCAAAUGGACACAGCGUGCCAAAGAGAUAGGACUCGACCCAGAUCCGGCUUGGGAUAUCCCCGACCCGCAUAUGGCCGCUGUCAUGUCGUGCAAAAGGUUGCAACUGCUUGAUGAAAUCAUUGCGGCGGAAGGGUACGGGGACAUCAACUUGGCUUCGGAUUUGCGUGCAGGGUUUGAUCUGGUGGGCCGGGCACCGGAGUCCAACGUGCUUCCCGGAAAGAUCACACCGGCCACCAUGCACCCAGACGACCUUGUCUCCACAACAGUGCGAGCCAGGGAGGCCCUCAAAUUGUCACUUGGAUCUUCAGGCGAUGCAGAGCAAGACCUUCGUUUAUGGAACAAAACGCUUGAAGAGGUUGAGCGUGGGUGGCUCAUAGGGCCAUACGAUUGGGAUGAGCUAGGGGAUACAGAUGUCGUCUCCCACCGCUUCCCUCUGGUUCAGGGCCAGGGCGGGAAGCUCCGUCCUAUAGACGAUUACUCGCGAAGUGGGGUUAACGCAUGCGUCACGACCCUGGAACAACCAACUGUUGACACAGUGGAUGUCGCCGCUUGCAUGUUCAGCAACUUGUGUUCGGGCCUCGCCAAAAACAAGCGUUGCUCCAAGCUCAUGGGGCGCUCAUUUGAUUUGACUGCCGCUUAUCGGCAGUUAUGUGUGUCCCUAGCUUCACGAAACUUCGCUGUGCUGGCAGUGUAUAACCCACACGCCAAGAAGACCAUGCUCUUCACACAGGUGUACCUGCCCUUCGGGGCCCGCGCAUCUGUCAACGGCUUUAUCCGAUGCUCUAGGUGCAUACAAUGGUUGGCCACUAAGUGUCUGUUGAUACCCACCACAUCCUACUAUGAUGACUUCAUUGUGGCUUCACCUGACGAUUUGGCAGACAACACGGGAGAUACCAUGGAACUCUUGUUCAAAUUGUUGGGCUGGGUCUUCGACUCAGAAGGACCGAAAGCCGACGUGUUUUCACGGCAUGUAUCUGCGUUGGGUGUAUCUUUCGACUUGACGGAGACGGAACAUGGUGUGAUUAGCGUAGACAACACAGUCAAGAGGAAGGAUGACGUAUCCAACCUGAUAUCUGCUGUGCUGGACCGGGGAGAGCUCUCCUACAAGCAAGGGUUGGAGCUCAGGGGCAAACUCGCUUUCGCCAAUGCCCAGGUGAUGGGGCGAGGAUUGAUGGUGACACUCGUAUGGCCCUUGACUUCCUCGAUCUUAGGAUUCGGGCAGCUCUGCAAAGCGGAGCUCGAAGGGCGACUUUUCUGGGCAAUCCAUAUGCACAGGCAAGCCGCACUAGAUGCUGAGGUGUUGGAUUAUGUGCUCUCCUUCCUGGAGGAGUUUGAAAGACCAAUCGCCGACUGCAUCGGCCUGUACCAGGACGACUCAAGGUCGAUGAUCUCAAGCCCCGUGGAUGCAGCCAGCUCUGCGCGUGCCCUGUCGUCGCUGUCUUCUGUCACUUUCCUGCAUAGAGCACUGACUGACCGAUGGUGGCUCGACUUCGAUCCGCCUCCACUGGCUUCCAACGGUACUGCAGAGGUACACUCGCCUUGGCGGGCCUUGAAGCAAGUUGCCGCAUGGAUGGGACUCAGUGGUCUCUAUCUGCCUCGUCCCGCACGAGACUGA